AUGUUUUUAUAUGUUAUUACAUUGUAUGUUUUAUCUCGUGUCUUAUAUUUUUUCCUUACUUUUACGGCGUAUGCAUCAGGCUGUGAUAUUGUGAUUUUAGGAAGCAACUUUGAAAGAUUACAAAUCAUCCCUGGAGCAAAACAUGGCAACAUUCAGGUUGGAUGUGUGGACUGCUCUAUGCAGCAGGGCAAGAUUGCAGCUUCUUAUGGAAAUGUUAUCUGUAUCUUUGAACCUUUACCAGUACUGAAGCCAAGGAGCCAGCAUUCCACAGAGCCAUGCUACCAGUGGCAGAAAAAUGGACAGUUUAUACUACAGUCAGUAGCACACAAUUUAUCAUGGGAUCCAACAGGAACUCGACUUUUGACGGGCUCUAACAUUCUGCAGCUUUGGUCUAAUAUCCCUUUGGAAAUGCAUGUUGAUGACCAUUUCUCAGAAGGGAUGGUAACCAAUGGCUUUAGCAGCUGGAAGUGCAUCUGGCAGUGCAAGACUGCGUCUCCUGUGCAUUUAAUGAAAUUUUCACCAGAUGGAGAAUUUUUUGCAACAGCAGGAAAGGAUGACUGUUUGGUGAAGAUAUGGUAUGGCACUAACAGCUGGCAGUCUGCAGUUGUGCCAGAUAUGCCCACACCAGAAAAAGAUGCAUUUACUGAAGUGGAUUUUUCAUUCAUAUACCUGGCACAUCCUAGAGCAGUAACAGGGUUUUCUUGGAGGAAGACAAGCAAGUAUAUGUCACGGGGCUCAGUGUGCAAUGUGUUACUGACAUGCUGUAAAGAUAAUGUAUGCCGACUCUGGGCAGAGACGUUAUUACCAAGUGAUAGCUUACUAUCUGGAGACGGCCAGGGCCAAUGGACAGAACCUGUUACUACCACAGAUGGAGUUAAAAGACAUGGCUUUAAGAAAGAACGCGUUCAGAGUACAUUGGAGUUAAAUCUCAGAAACUUUUCAAGAAGAAGAAAGCAAUCCUUUAUUAUUCCUGCACAUACUGGAUAUCUACCCCAUCAGCAGAAUCCACAUGAAGUCCACAGGAACACACCUAUACAUGCAAAUGCACUUUGUCACUUUCAUAUAGCUGCGAGCAUCAACCCAGCAACAGACAUUCCUCUACUUCCAUCAAUUACUUCAUUGAGUCUUGAUGACAACAGCGAUGAAGACCGAGGAGGGCCUUUUGUUGUGCACUGGUUGAAUAAUAAAGAGCUGCAUUUCACUCUUUCAAUGGAAGUGUUUCUACAACAGUUGCGAAAAACUGUAGAUCAGCAGUCCCCAGAAGCUAACAUAGAAGUACAACCACCAGAGUAUAAAUCAGAUGAAGAGACUGAUGAUAGUGAAGAUCAACAAAGUAUUUCAGACAGAAAGGAAAGAAGCUCCUCCAGUGAAAAAUCAUCUGCUUCCAGCUCUAGUUCUCUACCUUUACCAGCUGCAGCCAUCGAUCAUCAAAUUGAAGUUCUUUUAGCAGAGUGGAACAAGAAUGCAGACAUGCUGUUCAGUAUACAUCCUGUUGAUGGCUCUUUAUUAGUGUGGCAUGUUGACUGGCUGGAUGAAUACCAGCCUGGCAUGUUUCGGCAAGUGCAGGUUUCAUUUGCCUCUAGAAUUCCAGUAGCGUUUCCUACUGGUGAUGCCAAUUCACUCUGCAGAAGCAUAGUUUUAUAUGCUUGUACCAAAAACGUUGAUCUUGCUGUUGAACAAGGCAAGCAGAAACCUCAAACCUUGACCCGUUCCACAUCCAUGCUGAUUUCUUCAGGUCAGAGCCGAUCAUCAUACAGCUUGAAGAUGAGUAUAUUUACUCCAAAUGUUUUAAUGAUUUCUAAGCAUGCAGAUGGCUCCUUGAAUCAGUGGGCAGUCAGUUUUGAUGAAGAGUCAGCUUUCUCCACUGUCCUCAGUGUUUCACAUAAGUCUCGCUACUGUGGUCACCGUUUCCAUCUCAAUGACUUGGCUUGUCAUUCGGUAUUGCCCUUAUUGUUAACAACAUCACACAAUAAUGCUUUAAGGACUCCAGAUGUUGACUCUGACAGUAGGACCUCUGACCUUUCCCGAGUAAAUGACAUAGCUCCAAUACAUUCAAGCAGAAUUGGAGGAGAGGGACCAUUCUGCGAUUCAAAUGCAAUAUACAGUGAACUGAUCCUUUGGCGAGUUGAUCCUGUUGGACCAUUAUCUUAUUCAGGAGGCGUAUCAGAACUUGCAAGGAUCAACUCUCUACAUGUUUCAGCGUUUUCCAAUGUUGCAUGGCUACCUGCAAUAAUACCCAGCUCUUGUCUUGGUGCAUACUGUAAUUCUCCCAGUGCUUGUUUUGUGGCAAGUGACGGGCAGAGUCUAAGGUUGUAUCAAGCUGUCAUUGAUGCCAAAAAGCUUUUAUGUGAACUUUCUAACCCAGAUAUAUGUAAAUACGUUGGUGAAGUUUUUACUAUUGUAAGUCAACAGUCAUCAGCAAGGCCGGGAUGCAUCAUCGAGCUAGAUGCCAUCACAGAGCUUCAUGGGAAGAAAACACAGUUUCUACAUGUCUUUCAAGAGGAUUUCAUUUUGGGAAAUGCUGCAAAGCAGAUACCAGAUAGUAAAAAUGAAGUUAUUGGGCAUGGAGGCGUUCAGUGUGGGUUUUCAGAAAUGUUCUACUUAGUUGUUAUUGAACACAUUCAGAAUGGUCAUUCGUGGCUGCACAUGUGGCACCUGCAUUUGAAGUCUGUUCCUGUUUCUCUGGGUGAUAAACUUGAUAGAUCUUUAGCUGGCAGUUUAACACCAUCAGAUGAGAAAUGUGGAUCAUCAUCUCCUGAUCAGUUGCCAUCACCAUUCUCACAGAAGUAUCGGGCCUGCAGGGCAAACCUGCAAAGUACAAGCAGGCUGACAUUGUCUUCAGUGAAAGUUUAUAGCCAAGAGAUGACCUUGCCAGAAGGAGUAGAGAUCAUCAGUGUAACGCCUUCAGCAGGGCAUCUUAGCUCCUCUUCUAUUUAUCCGGUAGGCUGUGCACCAUAUCUCUUGGCAACUUCAUGUUCAGAUGGGAAGGUUAGAUUCUGGAGAUGCAAUGUGGACUUGAAAAAUGAUUCUUUUGCAUCAGGAGAUAUAGCACAAUUUGAUCCAUGUUAUUCAUGGGUCGAAUGGCCUCUUCAUAUUGAUGGUGGUCAUCUGAGUAGCAGUGCAGUCACCGUGCCAGGCAGACCAGUUGAAGUCAGCUGCUCUCACACAAGUCGGUUAGCUGUUGCUUAUAAACAGACUGUAUCAUUUAGCCAUCGCUCCUCUCGUGACUUUACAAUGAAUGUAAGUAUUUUUGAAUGUGAAUCUACUGGUGGUGCAAAGUGGAUCUUGGAGCAGACGCUUCACUUGGAUGAGUUAAAUACAGUGCUAGAUCCUAGAAUUAGUGUUGAUAGUAACUUGGUCGCAUACAACAAGCAUGAUGUUUUAUCUAAUGACAAGCAUGUUAUGCACAGUUCCAAACACUUGGUUCAUUUAGACUGGGUGUCCAGGGAAGACGGGUCACAUAUCCUAACUGUUGGAAUUGGAUCCAGGCUUUUGAUGUAUGGGCAGCUGUUAGGCAAAAUGCCUGAACAUGUUGGGAAAGAAGGACUUCCAUCUUUACAGGUGCCCCUGUGGGGGAGUUCUAGAGGAGGAGAGCCUUUGUCAAGGUUUGUGCUGCUGAGGCGUGUAGAUCUUGUUUCAUCAGUGGAAGGAUCUCUGUCUUGGCCAGUUUCAUUAUCCUGGGUACGUGAUGGAAUUCUUGUGGUUGGUAUGGAUUGUGAGAUGCAUGUUUAUUCUCAGUGGCAGCCAUCUUCUAAAGCAGACCAGAUAGUAGACUCUUAUGGGGGAAGCACUCCAUCAAUAACAAAUUUGGUUAAACAUAGUCAUUCAGGUAUUAUGAGCACACAUUCAUCAAAAAAAAAUCUAACUCGCUCAAUGAGCCUUGCUCAGAAACUUAGUGGUAAAAAGACUGCUGAUGACCUUAUCUUUGAUACAAAAGACUGUGGUCUGUUUGAGGCCGCUCAUGCACUUUCACCCACUUUGCCGCAGUACCAUCCCCUCCAGCUUUUAGAGCUUAUGGAUCUUGGCAAAGUUCGCAGAGCCAAAGCUAUACUUUCCCAUCUGGUUAAGUGCAUAGCUGGAGAGGUCGUUGCAGUAAAAGAUACUGAAACAAAUCCAGAAAGAAGGCUACGAUCUCUAACAAUAAGUGCCAGUGGAAGUACUGCAAGAGACCCAAUGACCUUUGUCAAGACUGAAAAUCCUGACUAUACAGAGAUAGAUUCAAUCCCUCCACUUCCGUUGAAUGCCCUGCUAGCUGCAGAUGAUGAUUCUUUACCAGCCACCAUAGAAAAACUUGGCAGCCAAGCUGAGAUGGACAGGCACAAUAACAGUAUGUUACAAGGGGACAACUAUGAAGAACUUUUUAAAGUUCCACAUCUCAGCAGUGAGGAUUUUGAUAUGUCGGACACAGCUGAAGACAGUAAACCCAAGGUGAUUGAUCUUUCACAGUACAGUCCAACAUAUUUUGGUCCGGAACAUGCUCAGGUUCUCUCUAGCCAUUUACUUCAUUCGAGUUUACCUGGCCUUACUCGCAUGGAGCAGAUGUCCCUGAUGGCUCUAGCAGAUACAAUUGCAACCACAAGUACUGAUCUAGGAGAAAGUAGAGACAAAAACCAAGGUGGAGAGACUCUAGAUGCAUGUGGACUAAGAUUCCUCCUGGCUGUUCGGCUGCACACUUUUCUUACAACAUCUCUGCCUCCUGUUCACAGAGCUCAGCUUAUUCAUCAAGGUCUUUCAACUGGUCAUUUUGCAUGGGCAUUUCAUUCAGUAGCUGAAGAGGAACUCCUUAACAAACUGCCCUCAAUGCAAAGAGGUGAUCCUACAUGGGGAGAGCUCAGAGCCAUGGGAGUGGGUUGGUGGGUCCGAAAUGCCAACACACUUCGUAGGUGCAUAGAAAAGGUAGCCAAAGCAGCGUUUCAGAGAAACAGCGAUCCAUUGGAUGCUGCCAUUUUUUACCUUGCCAUGAAAAAGAAAGCUGUAAUUUGGGGUUUGUACAGGUCUCAAGGAAGUGCAAAGAUGACAGAGUUUUUUGGAAACAACUUUAAUGAAGACAGGUGGCGAAAGGCAGCUUUAAAGAAUGCAUUUUCGUUGCUGGGAAAACAACGCUUUGAGCACUCAGCAGCAUUCUUCCUUCUAGCAGGCUCAUUGAAGGAUGCUGUAGAGGUCUGCCUUGAGAAACUCAAUGAUGUACAGCUCGCUCUUGUCAUAUCGAGGUUAUACGAAUCUGAAUUUGAGACAUCUACUAUGUACAAAUCCAUUCUACAGACAAGAAUCUUGGGAAUCAGAGCUGCUGGUAAAAGUGCCAGCCAGGCAAGAAGGCAUAGCGACCCUUUUCUUAGAAGUAUGUCGUACUGGAUAUUGUUAGAUUACAGCAGAGCUCUUGAAACACUACUGGAGCAGUCCACUGAAGAGGAAGAUGAAACUGAAAUGGGAGAUGGUAUCACGUCUUCAUGCAGUCCUGUGGUAUUUAAUUUUUACAAUUACUUAAGAACACAUCCUCUUCUUCUAAGACGUCAUUUUCCAUCUGCUGAAAAGUCUUCAACUCAGAUGGGCCUAACAGCAGAAAGUAGCUUAGCAGAUAAAAUCAAUUUAGAUGAGAGAAGAUUAUUUUUCACAACAGCACAUGCCCACUUGAGAGCUGGCUGUCCAAUGCUUGCCUUAGAUGUAUUGUCAAAGAUGCCUAAAGUGGUGAAUAGGUCUAAGCCCUUGCUAAGCAAAGAAUGUUCUACCCUGACAGAAGUGAGUGAAGAAAUGUCAGCUUACUAUACGACAAUAGGAACAAAAGAUCAGAAAGCCUCUAGUGUUGAUAGGGUGCAGACACUAGUAAAUGGAUAUGGAUCAUCCUCUGAAUUUUUGACAGGUAAACACUUGGACUCUGUAGCUUCUUUUGACUGGAGUCAGCCAUCUGUGGUCAUCCAUGAAGCGCCUUUAGAGUUGAACUGGGAUAGUGAUAAUGAGGUAGAUGAUGAAUCUGGACUUUCAAUGAAGGAAAUAAACCAUCAAGAAGAAGCUACAGUUAAGAAUCAAGAUGAAAGCAGUACUUCAUAUACAAACUCUCUUGACAAUACCAGUGAAAGUGAUACUUUCAGUCCAUCAGAAGAUAUUCUUGCUGUGCAGCUAAAAUUUAGAGCAUGUCUGAAGAUUCUUACAGCAGAACUUCGUACCAUGUCUACUGGCUAUGAAGUAGAUGUUGGGAAACUCCGUUACCAGUUGUAUCAUUGGCUUGAACGCGAAGUUAUGGCUUUGCAAAAAACUUGUGACUACAAUGCUGAAGUAGAAGAUCUCAAAGUAGCAGGCAGUAUGACUUUAGAUGAAAUUAAUGUAAAAGAAAAUGAUGGAGAGGAAGGAUUGAUCCAUCAAAAAGCAUUGCAACAACGAAAAUAUUUAGAAAGAAGACAGCAGUGGCUUCUGAAAAACCAGUCUCUUCUUAGAAUGUUUCUUAGCUACUGUAGCCUUCAUGGAUCACAUGGGGGAGGUCUGGCCUCAGUUAGAAUGGAACUAAUUCUGCUUUUACAUGAAUCACAACAGGAGCUGUCUGCUGAGAUUCUUCCAUGUCCAUUGCCACCAGAGAUAUGCAUUCCUCUUCUUUUUGCUUGCACUGCGACUGUCAGAACAGUGGUUGCCAAUACCAUGCUCCAUCUCAGCAACCUGACCCAUGAUGUACUACAAGCUAUCAUAGACUUGGAUUCUCCGCCAAGUCCAGAUGUAGUAAAUAACAAGAUCUACACCUUGCACACACUAGCAGCGUCUCUUUCUGCAUGUAUUUACCAGUGUCUGUGUGACAGCCACAGUUACAGUUCAUCUCAAGGAAACAGCUUUGCUGGCAUGAUGUACCAGAGUGUUCUUUUGAAGCACCAUCAGUCCUUCCGAACUGUAAGUUUGGAAGAAGCAGCAACUCCCAACACUUCUCCACAUCAGUGGCCAGGUCUGGAUUCACUGUCUCACUUCUUGAGUUCUGCUGGAGAAGAGGCGCAGCCUGGAUUAACUAUCUUGCUCAGCGAGAUUCUGACAGCUGUGUAUCUUAGCUUAUUUGUACAUGGUCUGGCAACACACUCCAGCAAUGAACUAUUUCGCAUUGUUGCCCAUCCCUUCACUGAUCAGAUGUGGCCUGCUGUUUUUGGGGGAGGUGCUCAUAUCCCUGUUAAAGAACAAAGAUCAAGUCCCCUGAAGUCUGUCUCAGGAAAGCACUUUCCUAUUCCUAGCCCACAUCAGGUAGUAGUAUUCUCCAUGGAAUGCGUGGGGUUUUCCAAAAGCCUUAAUGCCAUCAGUUCUCAUAGCCCUUCCAUGAGCCCAAUUCAUGAUAAUGACAAACAGCAAAAACAAUUUAGACAGUCUUUCUCAAAAUCACUACCUAAAGAGAGUUCCCCAGCACCUGCUUCACCAGUGAUGGACCAGAGCACUCCUCUGUACCAGGAAAAAUUAAUUCCUCCUGAACUAAGUAUAUGGGAUUAUUUCAUAGCAAAGCCAUUCCUUGCACCUUCUCAGAGCAGAGUGGAAUAUGACUCUGAUGAAAGCCAAAGCAGUGAUGAGGAGGAGGAAAUGGAAGAUGACUGUGUGUCAGACUCACAGCUCCAGGAGCACUCCAACCCUAAUUCCUAUAGCUGGUCAUUAAUGCGAUUGGCAAUGGUACAACUGGUGCUUCAUAAUCUGAAGAGUUUUUAUCCAAUGGCUGGCCAUGAUCUGUCAGAGCUUCCAGUCAGUUCUCCACUUUGCCAUUCCAUUCUGAAAACACUGCAACGAUGGGAGCAAGUCCUUCUCAGACGUGUUGAAAUUUUUGAUGGUCCUCCAUCAGACUUCAUCGCUAUAAAUAAUGCUGAGGACUCAAUGAAUUCAGGUCCUAACAUCCUUCGGCAUAAAGCUCUGCUGGAACCAGCAAAUACUCCUUUUAGAUCAAAGCACCAUUCUGCAUUGCCUGUCAAGCGGCUGUGGCAUUAUUUGGUCAAACAGGAACAAGUACAGGAAACCUUUAUUAAGAACGUUUUUACAAAGAAGAGGUGUCAGAAUGAGUCAUUUGAGGACAGCAGUGAAUCAUUCAAAAGUACUGUGAUGGAAGAACCUAGCAUCAAUAAGAUUGAAGCAGAACUUGGUUAUCCAGGAGGAAAGGCAAGAAUUAUCCACAAAGAUUCUGACAUUAUUACUGCAUUUUCUGUUAAUAAGGCAAACCGAAAUUGUGUAGCAAUAGCAUCUAGUCAUGACAUUCAAGAACUGGAUGUUUCUGCCAUACUGGCUACUCAGAUCUACACCUGGGUUGAAGAGGAGUCUGAAGUAGAAACAAAGGGAUCUGAUGAGUUCCUUAUGGUUCGUACCCGUGAAGACCUUCUCAGUAUUCAGGGUGGGACUCCUUUUACACAAAGUACUCCUGGUACUCCUAUUAAUAUGCCUUGGCUUGGCAGUACACAAACUGGGAGAGGAGCAUCUUUGGAGUUUGCUACUAAAUUUAAUGGAAUCAGAAAGGAAUUGACAAAAAAAGAGAUGAUCAAGAGGAGCAUUGGCAAUGUGAGAAGAAUGGCCUCUCACCCAACCCUACCGUACUAUCUUACCGGUGCUCAAGAUGGUAGUAUUCGAAUGUUUGAGUGGGGCCAUUCUCAACAUAUUGCAAGCUUUAGAUCUGGUGGAAACUCACGAAUCACUCGACUACGAUUUAAUCACCACGGAAAUAAGUUUGGCAUGGUUGAUGUUGAUGGAUAUCUCAGUUUAUGGCUGACAAACUGGAAGCACAUGCAGCCUGCUGGAAGUAUACCCAAGCCAUACCAGACAUGGCAGUGUCAUAACAAAAGUGCCAAUGAUUUUGUUUUCGUUGGCUCAUCUUCCUUAAUAGCAACUGCUGGACAGUCAACGGACAACAGGAAUGUCUGUCUGUGGGACACAUUAGUACCUCCUUACAAUAAUUUGGUGCAUGCUUUUUUCUGUCAUGAAAGUGGAGCUACAGUUUUGGCAUAUGCCCCAAAACAUUACCUUCUUAUUUCGGGAGGGAGAAGAGGGUUUGUUUGUGUAUUUGAUCUUCGACAGAGACAACAAAGAAUGAUGUUCCAAGCCCAUGAUUCCCCUGUCAAAGCAGUUGCUGUGGACCCAACAGAAGAAUACUUCAUUACUGGUUCUGCAGAGGGCAAUGUAAAGGUUUGGAGUUUAUCUACACAUAACCUUCUUCAUACAUUCCUUGGUGAGCACAGUCGACAGUCAAUUUUCCGAAACAUAGGAAAUGGAGUGAUGCAAAUUGAGAUUGGGCCUUCCAACCAUAUCUUUUCAUGUGGAGCUGAUGGCACAGUAAAGAUGAGAAUUCUACCUGACCGAUUCAGCACACUAAAUGAUGUUUGCAAAAAUGAUGUUAAGUUCAUGCUUUGAUAGGUUGUCAGUGUUUGUACAGCUUUAUAAAUUUUAAUCUCUCUUAGGUGAACAUCUGAAGAAAUCUUGUGUUUAUCUUGCAGUACUGUCACAAAAAUGAGUUUAUUUUUCCAGUUUAAAACAUAAUAUAAUGACUCUUUACCCCCAAGUGCACUGAAGCCUUUAAAAGGCCAUGCAAGUUUCAAUCUUACAUGCUUUAUGGUGAAUAUAUUUUGUCUAGUGUAAAAUAUAAAUAUAUAUAGUCUGGGUAUGUCUUGCUGCUAAAAUAUUUUAUUUCUGACAAGUUUGCCUGUUUUUAAUUUUGUCCUCAGACAUCAACAGCUGUUUAGAUUAUUUUUUAAAUUGUAUAUUAUAUGUGUAGAAAUUAUGUAAUUGUAUUUAAUGUAUGGUAUAACAUACUUAAGGGAAAGCUACAGAGGAAUUUGAACUAAGUUAAGAAGUUAUAAAAUUAUGAAGGAAACCAUUGCUUUGGUCUUUGGGUACAUAAAGAGUCUGACAUGUUCAGCUGCUGCUGGAUGCAAAAGGCAGAUAUAGAGGAGCCUUACCUUCCAGGGCAUAGAAAUUAGUAUUGCUUGAGCCAUUUGAAUAAGAACUAAGGCAUGUUAAACAUGUUGCAGAGCUAGUCCAGUGGUGAAAAACAGCAGUCCUGUAAUCUUUACAGAGCAGCUGUCUGAAAGCUGUGGUGAUUUCCAGAGAUAAGCACACAAACUCCGUUAAUUGAGUAAUAGUAGGUUGGCAGUUAGUACAGCUGUUGCCAGACUGUUGCUGCCUUGCAUGACACCCUAUAGAGAAGUAUCAUCUCUAAACACAGAUUAAGAAAUUGAUUGUAAGAAGUUGUUUAAAUUUGCAGAUUCUGUUCAUUAGUAUGUUUCCAUGAAUUUUGCCUCACUGAAUACCAUAACCUGAACAACUUAAUGCAUCUUAUUGGCUAACAGGUGGGUGCAAUUUAGAUUGUUUACAAAAUACGGCUCAUACUUGCCAAGCUUUGAAGAAAUGCAGAAACAGUGUGAGAAAUAGUGAUGUUUAAAUGUUUUGCCAAAAUGUAAAAAUAUAUAUUUUAACAUAUUUUGACCAAAAUAAGAAAGAGCUUGUACUCUGGAAAUUGUUUUUCCCUGUGAUUUUGCACUUUGCCAUUUUUGAGCAUAAUAUUACAGUUUCAUCUGCAUCUCUUUUAAAAACCUUUAGCCAAUAUAUGACAAAAAUAUUGGAGGUUAAUCCUGAUUAUCCGGAGCCAAAAUAUUUACAUGUAUGUGUCUUGAUAACUGAGGUGUAGAUGAAUCUGCAACCUUCCUUUACUUGAAGUAAACUAGUUCAUCACAGCAAGGAACUGAAAUAGAUGUAUAGGAAUUAGUUAACUCUCAAAGGGUAUACAUUUUUGUAAUAUACUCAGGAUAUUUUUUCUUCCAUUUAUAGUGUGUAAUUAAUUUAUGAAAUACUUUGUAAAGUCCAUUCUAAAAAAAUUUGUCUAAUGGAAUGUACACUACACCUACAGAAAAGGGAUGAGUAGCAUAUAAAGCCUGUUCCCUGAAAGUUAUAUGACAAAGUUACUAAUAUCUUCCUGCAGAAGAGCCUGUAAACCACAGUAAGAUACUUAUGUUUUUCUCUAGUUACAUAUAUUAGUUAUAAAACUUUUCUCUGAACACCAUAGGAUUUUGCUUUAUUGUUACAAAUGCAUACAGAGUUCUGUACAGCUGAUGCAGCAAGUUGCUGUUGUGUGAAUUUAUGUAAAUAUCAAAGCACUGUGUGUUAAUACUCUGCUAGAGUAGCUUGGCAGAAUUGCACUAGUGUAAACUCCAUUUCCUUUUAAUUAAUGCUGGUUGGGAAAGUUGGACAACUGUACAGUUGUGAUAGUUUGAAUUUUUAAUAUAUACAAAGCUGAUAAUACAGAAUUAUUUUUUACUUGAGUCUGUACAUUCAUAAUGUAUAUAAUACAGAUCUAAUCAUUUCAAUAAAUAAUUGUGCAAAAAAGUGUA